AUGGAGCUCAUGCUCCCAGAGCAUUUACCGCUGGAUGGAGGAGGAACGGUGGCACGAUGCUCAACGUCUGCGCCUAGGAUCAUCAUUCACGUAGAUCUGGAUGCCUUCUAUGUGGGUGCAUCCAGAUUGCGCGACCCUACCCUCCGAGGCUUGCCCGUCGGCAUCAAACAAAAGGUGAAUGCAAGUUCUGAGUGGCAGAACGUGUCGAGCGAUGGCUGCUCUGGGUAAAUGGGGCUCACAAGUAUCUCGUACUCAUUGCUAAUGCAGCACAUCCUAGCCACUGUUUCGUACGAGGCAAGAGCGCUCGGAGCAAAGAAGCUCGGAAAGGUCAUGGACAGCUUGAGGGCCUGUCCUUCUAUGAUCCUCGUCGACGGCGAAGGUGAGUGAAGUGGCUAAUUGAGCAUAUAAGUGGCAAUGACCCCCCCAAAUGUGCUCAAUUAGCAAUCGCACCCUUUCUUCAUGGCGCAGAUUUGACUUGGUUUCGAAUGGUGUCGCGUAGAGUGUUUGGACUGAUGUCGGAAGUGUGCGGACCUGCGACGCCGAUAGAAAAAUUGGGCAUGGACGAGCUUUGGCUUGAUGUCACUCAGCUCAUCGAUGGGCACCUCAGCUCCUUGCCUCAAGCUGAUGAAUCCGGAAAGCGAUGGUUCCCUUUGCCAAGUGGCUCCUCAACGCCAUCGAGACGGGCAGGAGAUUCUGCGUCCUGUCAAGGCUUUUUAUAUGGUAUGCAUGCAGUGGGGCAUAUCUCCAAAUUUUCAACCUUCGAAGCAAGCGGAGCACAUCCUACCGCUUCCAUGCGCUUUGUGGUCGCAACCCAUUUGGCCAAACACUUGUUGGCCAUGCUCGACUCCGCUCUGGGUCUCAGCGCGAGCGCAGGAGUCAGCACGUCCAAGCUCCUCUCGAAGAUUGUUGGCGGCGAGAAUAAGCCGGCGCAGCAGACAUUAUUUGCUCCACUUGGUGGCACGUUGCAACAACAAGCCGGCAUCAAGGCUACAUUCGUCGAGGCACGUGAGAUACGAGCCUUGGCCGGCUUUGGCAGCGUGGUCGCUAAUCGCAUAGAAGAGUUUGUCCGUGGUCUUCCUCACAACCAAAGUCGUUCUGAGAGCAAAACUCAUCACAGCCAGUGGCACAGCGUUCCGCCACACGCACCCGAAACUAAUAUAGAAGCUGAGGCAACUGCACAGUCCUCGACUCGACUCUCGGUUGCAGAAGUCCGAUCCCAGAUCACGCUUUCGGACAUGUGCAAAUUGUUCGGAAAGGUGCAAGGAGCUCGACUUUGGCCUCUCUUGUGGGGUCAGGAUCCCUCCCCGGUGGGUCCUGCUCCACUAUUUCCGGCUACAAUUAGCAUCGAGGAUACCUUUUCUCCUCGGGGAGCUACUCAAAAUGCCGUCGAGUGCCUGGUUCGAAGCUUGUUGAGGCGCCUCGAAAACGAGCUCAGAGCUGGAUCGACAGGAUUCGAUCCCAACAGCAAGGGUAGGGCGAUUGCUGAAGUCGGUUUGGACCAUCUCAAGUUUCGCAGAGUGGAUCGACAAGCUUGGUCUGACAGCGACUAUAGCAACGCUCCAAAUCCGAUUGUGCGGUACUAUGAGCUGAUCGAGCAGGACGAAGCGCAAGAUGAAGCGCGCUCUUCCGCACUUGGACCUUGGCUUCGUUUUCCCGCCACGUUGCGAGUCGGUAUCGUCACUCCUGCUUCCAUUGCUGAUGGAACGCCAGUGUGGAAGGCGCGCAACAGCAAGUCUUCAGCCAUGCCAGUCGAGAUUUUGUGAGUGGUCAGUUUAAGGACGUGAGCCGCUUUUCCCACAAAGGCUCACACCCACGCCUACUCGUACGCAAGCGAGGUCGAGCACUGCUUUGAGAGUCGCGCAAAUGCUCUUUCGAAAGCCGUGCAGAGCUUGGAGAAGGCGCUGAAUCCGCAGAGACUACCGAUUAGGCUGUUGAAUCUGGCAGCAGCAGACUUGCGCGAGAGACAGCCAGACCGAAGACUGGAUUCUUGGUUGACAAGCCGGCGCGCAGGCAAGACGCCGGUCGAGCAUGGGGUGGAUUUGGCUUGCUUGAGCCAGUCUGAAGCUUCUUCGAUUGACCUCGACAUCUUCUCCGCUUUGCCAGACGACAUUCAGAGGGAGCUUGCUGCGCAGCAUGGACUAGAUUUGCAGCAACUACAAGCAAAGCGAUCGGAUACUCACUCCUCCACCCAUGCUUUACCUUCCGGCGCCAGUCUGCGGCACGAUGAUGAGCAGCUUCAGCGCGACGUUCAAGAUCGCUCCGGCUCGGCGCAUUGUGAGGUGUGUCGAGCUGCUUGCCUGCCAUUUUUACUGCACGAUCACGAGACGUGGCAAGUGUCGGGUUUGCCGGAAGAGCUGAGACAAAUGGAGCUGGAGGAGCUCGCAAGAGUGGACGAAGUAUUCCAUGUUGCACCAGAACGCACAUUCAGCACGACUCCUUCUUACGAGAGCCCUGUCGUAAGGAAAGGCUUUGCGCGCACCCCCUCACCAUCGAGGAAGCCCAAUGGAUGA